UCUCAUUCCCACUUCUUGAAACCCACCUUCAUAAGAAUCUCGCCACUAAACAUUCUCCAUCUCUCUGUCUGUAAGAUGAUGGAAGAAGAAGGAGGAGCAGCGCUGGCGCGCAUGGAGGGCAGGGCGUCCAUCGACGGUGAGCCCAAGACGCUCAGCUUCCAUCAGAUAAAGCUUGCCAGGGAGGCGGCUCUGUACGUGGUGAAUACGUGCACCGUGGAAGAGGCCUUGAGGAUCUUCACUGAGUUCUCGCCCUCCCUUGAUCUGUACCUUCGAAGUAAUGAUGCGACGCCCCUUGUUUGCUCAAAUCUAUCGCUGCUUCAGCAACAUUUUAGGUUAUAAAUGGUGGGAAAAUUCAUAACAUUUGACCUUAGAUUGACUUGAAUGGAUUAAUAUAUCAGGUUUUGACAGCAGCUGAAAUGUUCUCCUUACUAUCUUAGUUGUAUGCUUUACAUCAUUAAUAUGUAAUCGCAUGUGCACCUAUCUAGCACAUAUAAAUUCUUAAAUUAAGCUGGUCACGUGGGUGCAUACGAUAAUAGGUCGGAUUGAGAUCUGGACUAACUAUUUGGGCAAAUAGUUAGAUGGUGAUAGGAAUAUAUUUUAAGGGUUCUAUUUGCAAUUGUCGAAUAUUACCAAUAUCAUCUGGUUAAUGGAGUUGAAAGUUGUUAUAAUUAAAGCAAUUUACUGGUGUGUAUCUUUGUUUUACCAUAAGCAUAUAAGCUAUCUUUCAUGUGGAGUGGGUGUUGCGGUGAGGAGUUCUCUUCAAUUUUUCUCCUUACGUGGUAAUGGCAGAGUUGCUGCAUGAUACAGGGCUUGGAACCAGUAAUUUGUCGUGGCAACGGACUCAAUUUGCAGGAAGAGCCUAAUGACGACGAUGGCAAUGAAUUGCAAUUGCCAUCUCGGAGGGAUGCCGUUUCUGCGCCAUUCUAAUUCACUCUUGCCGGGCGGACACUUUGUACAGAUGCUAUUGAGCUUUUCUUCCCUGAUAGCCUUACCACUAUAUUAAUUCCAUUCUUUUUUUGCCAAAAUGAAAAUGAGGAUUAUCAUCGAUCUAGCUGCCAUUCCUUUCUCUUGCCUAAUCCCUUCUGUUCUGGUUUAUACAUACUAUAAUCUCUAACUUUUGUUGCUGCC